CAUCUGCAGUUGUCAACUAUGACAGUAAUUAAGUAUUACAUCUGCAAUUCUCAAAAUUAAAAUACAAUGAAAAAACGUACGAAAAUAGAACCAUUUUAUGCCCUAUAUUUCUUUCCCUUUGUUGUUGUGACCCGAAUGCAGUUUUAUGACCCCUUUAGGUUAUUGCAUACAUACAAAGGCAAACUCACUAUCACAACGUCUAAAGAGAAAAAAGUAUUGAAAUGAAUUAUGCACGACUGCUUAUUUUAAUGGCAGGAGAAGUAUAUAUUGCACUCGUGGGAUAAAUUCACUACAUCUAUAUUGUGUAUCUUGACCCAAAUACAAUGAACAGCUAGACAAAUAAGCAGAAAAGCUAAAAGGUGACUCCGUCAUGGAAAACAAGGCGUAUGCAUCAGAGACAUCUAUAGAUAUACCAAAGAUUACAAAUCCAAACCCCCGCGAAGAUGCCUCUCAUGUUCAUAUCAAUAUUCCAGAGAAAUGUCCAAUAACACUUGACAAACAAAACACGCCAACUGUUACUGAUAAAGAAACAACCCACACAGGGGAAACUGAAGAAUCAUUGUCAAAAGAAACAUGUUUACAAAAUGUGCUAAAAAUCCAAAGGAAACUAUCAGCAUAUUAUCAUCAACAAAAACAUAAACUCUGGAAAAUUACAAAGUUUAUCCUUCUAAUAGGGUGGUUUGUAUAUAUUGCAUUUGCGUUAUUAUACAAUCCAGAGGGCGCCAUUGUAGUGACAGUUAUUACGGGACUUGCAUCGUUAGGCAUAGGAUAUUCAUUGAUGAAAGAAAAUGGAUUUCUAGGCAAGUUGCAAACGCAUUGCUUUAAACCAUGCUUCCAAUGUGUAACCAAGAACUGGAGGUUUCUAAGAUGGUUUGCAUAUGGGUUAGCAUUAGUUGGCAUAGCAACCUUGCUUUAUUUCCUCGUUGCCAAGGAAAACCCAGAAUAUCUGAGAUCACUUGCUGGCCUUGUGACUAUCAUUGUUCUGACGUUUAUCACAUCUACACAUCCAACUAAGGUAAACUGGCGACCAGUUGUAUGGGGCCUGGGACUUCAGUUCAUAUUUGGCCUAGUAGUGUUACGAUGGGAGUCUGGAUACAAACUGUUUGAGGCUAUGGCGAAUACGUUUCGAGACUUUCUGAGGCACUCGGACACUGGGUCCAUAUUCAUGUUCGGGGAAGCUUACACCAAUCACCCAAUCGCAUUCCAGGCGUUCCCGCAAGCAAUCUUUUUUAGUUCUGUGAUGUCAGUUCUUUUCCACGUGGGCAUUAUGAAAAAGGUGAUAGGUGGCGUUGGUUGGAUAAUGGAGGUCACGUGUGGCACGACGACAAUAGAAUCCAUUAACGCUGCAGCAAAUAUAAUUGUCAGUGGAGUUGAAACGGCUGUGAUUAUUCGUCACUGGCUACCUGAGCUGACAUAUUCGGAGCUACACGCAGUCAUGACUGCCAACUUCUCGACUGUUUCAGGAGUCGUCUUUGCACUAUUCAUCAGUUUAGGAGCACCUCCUGUCCACGUUGUCUCUGCCGCUAUAAUGUCCGCCCCGGCGGCCCUGGCACUGAGCAAACUAAGCUGCCCCGAGACUGAAGAAAGUCUUACGAAGAGAGGAGAUCUGAAAUUAGACAUUCCGAAGGCUUCCAACAUUCUCGAUGCUGCCAGCAAUGGUGCAGUUAUUACGAUCAAGCUCAUCUCCCAUGUUGUCGUCAACAUCAUUGCGUUCUCUGGCCUCAUGACGUUUGUAAACGCUGCUCUUUCCUAUAUUGGUGGCAGGGUCGGUUUGGCUGAACUAAGUUUCAAGUUUAUUUGUGGAAAAGUUCUCAGUCCUCUGGCUUACCUUUUGGGUGUAACCUGGGCAGAUGCAGAAAAGGUUGGAGAGUUGAUCGGAAUUAAACUGUUCGUCAACGAAUAUCUCUCCUACGAGCUAAUGAACAGAUAUUACAUAGAGGGAGUCAUGACGGAAAGGUCUGUUGCUAUAACAACAUACACGUUGACCGGGUUCGGGAGUGUGAUGGACAUUGGAAUUGUUGUAGGAGUAAUCAGUGCGUAUGCGCCCAAUAAGAAGGCUGAUCUGAGUAAAAUGGCGAUGAGGACGCUUUUACUCGGGAACGUGGCAGGUUGGCUCACAGCUUGUGUGGCAGGUGUUUUGUAUCAGGGCCAGGAUUCUUACUAUGUCCCGACCAGCAGUGCCAUCUUUAAUUCAACAACAACUAUUUCAACUAUGUAACCAGAAACAGAACGUAGAGUUGCUGAAUUAAAAAAUACUUCCCUUGAAAUUAUUUGUCAUUGGGGUAGAAAAAAUAAAAUGUAUAAAUAAAGACAUUUUCUCAAUUUUUAUUAUAAAGGGCGGGUUCCAUUAAGGGCCCAUUCCAGCCUCUACAGAUAUCUCAUGAUAAUGCAUAUGAUAUUGAAGAGGAAUUAUUUGUGCUUUAUAAGAACACAAUUUGAGCUCAUUUAUACCAUUGACGUUAACGCGUACAGUCAGUUAAAGGUCAC